AUGCGCGCCGCGGCCUCACGGGCGGUGGAAUUUUCUUCCGGGGUGCGGCCCGCUCGGGGGGUUUCGCUUCCGGGACGGUGCUGCGGGCCCUUCCCACCCCCGCCAGGGGAAGGGGGCAAAAAGCUUUCAGACCUUCUUACUACAUCAGAAGAAAAAAGGAAAACAGCAAGAUACCACCCCCAUUUCCUCCCCUUUGCAUGUGACUUGUAACAUUACAGUAGGGUUGUGCACCUGCAACUGGGACAGCCAUGGAGAAGAGUGGGAAUAUUCAGCUGGAGAUUCCUGACUUCAGUAACUCUGUCCUGAGCCACCUGAAUCAGUUACGCAUGCAGGGUCGCCUGUGUGACAUCGUGGUCAACGUCCAGGGGCAAGCUUUCCGCGCUCACAAGGUGGUGCUGGCUGCCAGCUCGCCCUACUUCCGUGACCACAUGUCCUUGAACGAAAUGAGCACUGUUUCCAUUUCUGUCAUCAAGAACCCUUCUGUUUUUGAGCAGCUCCUUUCCUUUUGUUACACUGGUAGGAUAUGUCUGCAGCUGGCUGACAUCAUCAGUUACCUAACGGCUGCCAGUUUCUUGCAGAUGCAGCACAUCAUAGACAAAUGCACGCAGAUUCUCGAGGGAAUUCAUUUCAAAAUUAACGUGGCAGAGGUGGAAGCAGAAUUGAGCCAGACCAGGACAAAGCAUCAGGAGAGACCACCGGAGUCCCACCGGGUGACGCCAAAUCUAAAUCGUUCUCUAAGCCCGCGUCACAACACCCCAAAGGGGAGUCGCCUGGGUCAGGUUAGCACAGUGCUGGAUAUUCGGGAGCUCAGCCCACCUGAGGAGUCCACCAGCCCCCAGAUAAUUGAGCAGAGUUCGGACGUGGAAAGCAGGGAGCCCAUACUACGGAUUAACAGAGCGGGACAGUGGUACGUUGAGACGGGAAUGGGAGACCGUGGGGGACGGAAUGACGACGAUGUUCGGGUGCUGGGAGGAGUACGCAUUAAAACGGAGAACCUGGAGGAAUGGCUCGGGGCAGAGCAUCAGCCGUCAGGAGAAGAUGGGAGCAGCGCUGAGGAGGUCACUGCUAUGGUGAUCGACACCACGGGCCACGGAUCGAUGGGCCAAGAGGCUUACGCGUUAGGGUCCUCUGGCGCCAAAGUGGUCAGGCCAACCAGCAGUGAGAUUGACAGAUUUAGCCCUUCUGGCAGCAUGGUUGCUGUGACUGAGCGGUACAGAUCAAAAAGCGAGUCUCCCGGGCGGAUGGAUGAGCCCAAGCAGCCCAGUUCCCAGGGGGAGGAAUCAGCCAUGCUUGGAGUGAGCGGUUAUGUGGAGUAUCUCCGGGAGCAGGAGGUUUCAGAGCGCUGGUUCCGGUACAACCCACGGCUCACUUGUAUUUACUGCGCCAAAUCCUUCAACCAGAAAGGCAGCCUGGACCGGCACAUGCGUCUCCACAUGGGCAUCACACCUUUUGUCUGCCGCAUGUGUGGGAAAAAGUACACCCGCAAGGAUCAGCUGGAGUAUCACAUCCGCAAGCACACAGGCAACAAGCCCUUUCAUUGCCACGUCUGUGGUAAAAGCUUCCCUUUCCAGGCCAUCCUCAACCAGCACUUUCGCAAGAACCACCCUGGCUGUAUGCCUCUGGAGGGGCCUCACAGUAUCUCCCCUGAGACCACCGUCACGUCUCGGGGGCAGGCAGAGGAAGAAUCUCCUCCACAGGAGGAGGCUGUUGCUGUGGGGGAGACAGCACAGGGAUCUGUGUCCACGACUGGGCCAGAUUGAAACACGGCUGCAGAGUCUGGGGAGAAAGGACCAUCUUCCCAUUUUUGGCUCUAAAGAGUCAGCACCAACCUGGCAGGCUGGUACUGUAAUUAGUGCAAUGCCACCACUGGACAGAAAGAAGCUCCCAAGAUGUUGCCAAAAUAGAAAAAUCUUUCUCUCUCUCUCUUUCUCUCACCCCCCACACACACACACGUAGAGUGUUAAAAGUUUUUCUCCCUUGUUCCUCCUCCUCUUGGAGAAAAACAAAACAACUGUGUCAAUCAACUUCUUAUUCAGGGAUCAACAGGAUUUUAAAUUUUUUUAAUGUUCCGUAGUGAUCUGGGACGAGCAGUCAUUUGUAUUUCUCGACAGCGUUUUGGCCCAGCAGCUAGGUCCCGCUGGCAGUACCAGCCGUCAGCCAUGCAGACCCAGUGAGCUUAGCCUGCGGGGCUGCUCCUUGUCAUAUCUGCUGGUCCAGCUCAAGAGGAGAGCAGGGGCAAGGUGCCGUUGCCUUCCUCCAUUCCCCAGGUAGUUGCCACGUUAAAGAAAACAAAGACUGUCCUGGUGGAACCUGCCUUGCCCAAGUGUAUUUAUCCCUGUCUUAUUUUUGGUGUGUCUCUUUUUACCUUUUUACUGAAACUAUUAUUUUAGGGCUUUUGGCUUGCCCGUUCUAGGCGUGCAGCCUCAACGCCCCUUGUUAAAAGCGGGCACGGCUAUAAAGCGGUAUUCUAGAGGUCAGCAAAAUUUGAAGCGCUUCGGCUACUGAAAGUGAAAUUUAGCAGCUGAAAUUUAGACUCUGAUGCAUUGGGAGAAGGGUUGGAGGGGUCUUUCGGAGGAGGUUGUCCUUUGCUGUUGCUGAUCUGGAGAGUUCAGAGCACUCUGACAUCCUGACUGGUGCGCUGCUGUGCUUCAGGUGUUGCUGAGCGUUAGGAAGAGUUUUUCUGGACUGGCUGAAUUGUGGAGUUAGAGGCUGGCUACCAAAGUCGUCCUUCACCCCUACUCCCCCCUUGACACGCACUUGAUCUUUUUCAGCAAUAUGGUAUACUGAAAUACUAUUGUCCCAGCUGAGCAAUCGUGGGUGGUUGCUUUUAAACAUGUUUCUACAAACUAGUUUGAUAACUUUUCUAUCAAUGAAAUGCAAAAAGAAAACCCUACUUUAUUUCCUCAUAACGGUUCAGGAAACUUAAAAGUGAAUGGUUCCUAGAGCAAUCACAACUCUGUCCCCUUGCAUGGACUUAACCUUUUGUAUUCUAAGCAGCUCUGAUGUUUAGAGCAAGUUAAGCAAAGCCGGAGAGACAUGCCUGCAUUGUGUAUUGUAGGUGUUUGCACGUGCUUACGUGUUUCAUAAACGGAAAAGCAUGGGACAGGUAGAUAAGUGCAAAUAUCUUGACAUCUUUUGAAGAAGUCUUUUAAAAAAUAUGCAAUACUUUAAGAGUUUUCUCUGGUUCUGAUGCCGAGUUGUUCAUGAUGGAGGGGGAAAAUGAACGACAGGUUGCGCAGAUUGGGUUUGGGAGAGGACAUUUGGUCGAAGGAGUUCUCUUGAGGAUGUGUAACAUGUACAAUACGGAAGGAUGAAGUUCUGAUCCUUAAGGUGAUGGGAGGAACAAUGAGACAUUGAAAAAGGAAUACACUUCAUCUUGCUCUGGCAAAGCAAGGCAGGUGAGCAGUUGGAGUGUGGGCUUGGCAGGCAGGAGACUUACCGAGUGAAAAUGAAGCCUGCUCCACAGUCUGACUGCACAAUUUUGGGCACAUGGAAACAUCUCCAAGUCUCGCUUUCCACACCUGCAAAUUGGGACUCAGGAUCAUUUUCCUGCCCCUUUAAAGGGAAGAAUUUGGAGAAGGGUGAUGUAUACUUGCCUUGCUUUAUAUAUUUUUCUCUUUUAUAAGUGAGGGGUCUUACUGUUCCUCCCAUGUCUCUCAAAAAGCAGAUGUGGCUCUAAUGUUUUUCUGGGGAGGGGGAAGGGAAGGGCUUGGAGCCAGGAUCCCAUGUAAUGAGGAUGUGCUCCUAAGAGAGGAACCUUUGCAGGUGUUCUGAGUCGGGCACCUGCAAAGUACAAUUUCAUUGACCAUUUCAAACAGGAAAACUGAUAUUUCACCUUCGGUUUCCUUCUGUCCCUUCUUCCUCCUCUCCUGUCAAGUGCAUCGUCACACAGUGAAUGAUUUUCUAAGCGGCCACCCGAGGGACCAGCCCCACUGGGUUUCCUGUCGAAGGUCAAACAGGAUUGUACUGAAACAGUAAGGUUUCCAGAGAGCAGUCGCAGAAGAUGAGAGAUAAGAGGGUGGCUAAGGUAGGUUUCGUUGCAAUCGAGGUGCGGAGGAGAGGAGAUGUGCAGAGUAUGCUGCUUUAGUCAUAGCUUUUGAAGUUACCAAAAAUCAAAAAGAAGAAAGUUAAAAACUUUGAAAUCCUAUCCUGUUCACACUAGAGAGCAUCAAAAGUUACUUUUAGUUGCUUAAAAGAUUUUUAAGUGUUUUAAAAUAGAACUUUUAAAAGAAUACUACCAAACUAUAAAAACAUAAAAUUAUUUAUAUACAUAUAUUAUAUAUAAAUAUAGUGGGAAAGUUUCCCUGCUAAGCUUGCUGUGAAGAGAAGGGUGAAGGUGCAGUAACUGCUAUACAAGCAACAUUUUUCUGAAACAGAUGGCAACCGAUCCAUCAAAGCAUAGUGAUGAAGGGCUGACAUAAAAUGGUGAAUGCCUUUAUUCAUAUGGCAUAGCUGUGAGUUUGUUGAGCAGGUUUUUGUUUUACUGUAUCGAUACUGUGAACGGAGGAGCAUUCUAACAGUCCAGGAUGCCAGCAGCGCGUCCUGUUUUGCUGAUUCACUACUUUCAAUUGGCCUGGUGAAAACCAUGAAAUUGGUCCUUCAUAUCAUACUGGGCUAGUCUGAAAACAAAGCUUGUGAAAGGUUUUUAUUUUUUCCUCUUUUUUUUUUUGGUGCAGAGGUUGCCACUGUAUAAACGAUCAUUUCUGAUUGCAUGCAAAAGAGCCAAUAUUCUUGCCCGGGCCUCGCUGAGGUGAAGUUUAUAGCUUGUAGCUAGAGUCAGUAUAAGGUAUGGUAGUGGGAAUCAUUUUAAUAUUAUUUCUGUACAUUUAGUGGAUGUAUAUGUGUAUGUAUGUGUGGGAAUCAUGGUGUCUCUAAUGUUUUCUCGGACAGCGCUGAAAGCAGUUUAGGCCUAUCCGCACUAGAAGAUGGAACCAGUUCAGAAGGAAUCAUUUAUUAAACUUUUCUUUCAGUGGUUGACUUCUUCAGUGCAGAUAAGGCCAAGGUUCGAGAAAAAAGGGGUUGGAGGUCAUAUAUGGUAUGGAAGAACCUCAUGUGAAUUUUCUGGCAGUGGUAUAGCUACUUGGAGCUGCUUUCCAUAACAGAAUGAUACCAUCUUUCAUUGCCUCUCCAUUGGCAAACCGUGUAGCUCUUUACGGUUGCACCAAAGCUGUGGAGAAUCAGAUGCCAACUUUCCAAGUGCGAAUGCUUCUGUGAUGGGUUGAGGCACAGCUUUGCAUUUCCAUGUCUAGCUGCAGCUUUUUCCCCCUCUGCCAAAACUGUGAUUUCAACUGUGAUUUAAGGAGGAUGUGAAGAGAACUCUGUCGUAUUUUAAUACCUCUGUACGUAACAUUUCUGUCUGCUUCAGAGUUGGGGCUUACUAACCCAUUUGUUUGCUUGCCUCAGGCAACAGGGGGAACAUACUGUUUCUGCGGUUUUCUUUCCCGGAGGGGGAACACAUUUCUUCGUUCUUUGCUGCGGCAGAGAAACCUUCCAAAUGUGAAGUGUUGCAGUUAUCUCCUUGAGCCUGCAGAAAGCCCCGGUGCCAAGUCACAGCAGAGUGACAUGACGGUUGCUGUGGCUGUUCCCUGCUGCUGCCAGGUUCCCUGUGAAUAGCUGUGAAAAUAACAAGAAUUGUGUUAAUACUGUGCUGCUGCUUUGGUGAAAAGCUAAACCUCUUCCUCUUGGGAGGAUGACUGAUGUGAAGCUGGGAGAGGGAAAAAGCAGAAGGUCUUUUUGCUCUCUUGCAAUGGGAGUAUGUGAAAGCAAACCGUGCUUAUUUCCAGCAGCUAGAUAGAGAGGGAUGAAUGAGGAGGCUUUAUGAAAUGUGAAUUUAUAACAGGAGGCUGAGAACACACUUAGAGCCACUUAGUAAGGUCCAGGGAUAUCAGCCUGGUAGGAGUCAGAGCAGCCGAUGCAGAUGGGCAAUCCCUCACUUGUCCUCCCAGCAUUGUCCGGCCAUCAGGUUCAGUCCUUUGACUUACCUGCAUCUUCUCUACAAUAUUUUCAAGCUGUGAUCUGUAUAAUUUAACUUUCAGAAGUUUGCGUGGCUGAAGGGCAGGAAGAAUAGAAAGCGCUUUGUGUCUCUGCUGCUGUUUUAAAUCCAGCCGAGGUCAGUGGUGACUGUUCCCAUCUGACAGCUCUUCAGAGCUGGAACUGCAUUUGGAACAAGCUGCGAUCUUGCUGAAAAGUGUAGUGGGGCAGGCUUGGUGGGGAGGGCACAGAGCCAGGAUUUCAGCCCUCUGUGAGGUCAGGGCUGAAAUAAAUGGACAGGACAGAUCUCCCUGCUUGUCCUGCUCUUGUUUUGUGACAGCUAGAUGACUUUGUUUUCCAGGGCGGGCCGUCCCACGCCUCUACGCCGUAUUAAUUUCACUUAAAAGCGUGAUGCCCAGUUCAAUAAAUGAUGCUAAGCAGUCCAGUCUUCAAGCAGAGUUCUUCUGCCGCCUUUGGGUGAUUCAACCCUAACGAUGCAUUUGCAAGAGCAGAGUUGUAGCUUUUAUUUGCUGCUGACUUCAUCUCUCCUGCAGAACCCAAGGUAUAAAUAGAAAGACAGCUGAAAAGGUGCACUUUAUUUGGGUGGAAGGUAGCUUGUGAGGUGGAUGGAAUCAUGCAUCUUUAAAACCAACAAAAAUUAGCAACCCUUAAACUUAAUUAUUUAAACUUUAUAAAAUUCUUCUCUUUGAUCCAUGACAUGCCUGCCAAUUUAGCCAUACCAGCAGCCAAGUGUUUCUGCAAAUGAGUGACACCAAAUGCUGUUCUUGCUCUACCAGAAAUAUUUUGGGGAUGGGAGAAGUCAAGGAGCUGUAACUCAGGAAACUUCUAAUUUUUGUCAAGGUUUGGGCUCCAAGUUUCCCCUGGGAGCUGAGCCCAUAGUCAGGGCUGCAGUCAGAAAGUCUGGGGUCUUUCGAUGGAGCUGCUGCUGACCACCACCGUAGCCUCAUCUGGCGAUAACGAUAUUCUGAGAGAUGAGCAUUACUCCUGUCAUGAAGUGAGAUCCAUGCACAGAGCUUUGAUGUCUUCAGUGGAAGGUCCUAAAGAGGAGCUAAGUAUCUUUAUUUUAAUCAUUGUCAUUCAAAGGAUAUUUUAAUAUAAAAUACAUACAUAUAUAUGUAUGUACAUUUAUAUAUAUAUAUAUAUAUAUAUAUUUGUAACCAAAUAAAAGCUAGAACUAUGCAAACACUACUGGCUGCUGCUUGAAACUAAUGUCUACCAGAACAUUAUGGAAUAGAGUAGAUUUGUUGGGGUUUUUUUGUUUUUAAAUAAAAUGCAGCAGACCAAAGUUUUGCUGCAGUUAGUCUUACUAGAAACUUAGGUUAUUCCUAAUCUGGAACCCACUCAAGUGGGUUAUAAAAUUAUCUGAAGAGUCCUACCAUCUCUAAAAUAUUUCCAUCUGCCUUGAUAUUAUUGCUGAAAGGCUUUCUUUUGCAAAACAUAGGAAAACACAGAGGCUGGGACUAGGAGAGAUUGAAUGUGAUGUUUGGGAUGAUAGAAGAGAAGUAGAAUCAAGGAAGGACUGGGAGCAUUUUCUUUUGGACAUAGGAUUGAGUUGGCUUCAAAGAAUCUUCCUACUUGUGAAAAUGUCCAUCGCUAGGAUGGAGGCAGUGAUCGAAGCAUCACCAGGCUGAAUUCUGGUGCUGGUGGAGGUAUUGGAAAUCUUCCCGCUGAAUCUGAUGGCACCAGACUUUAUUCUGCUGGGAGAAAUUUCAUGUGGUUUCUACCGUUUCUUUGUGUCAGAUGCGAUCUUUGCUUUUAAGAUUAAUUACAAUAUAUCCAACUGUAAUCUUCAGUGACCAUUGACUUUUUAUUCCUGGGACUAUAGAAAAUUCAGGUUUCCUGUAACAUUAUCCUCAUCCCAACUGUGAACAAGUUACUACUGCUUCUUAUAAUUUAUUGUCUUUCUGUUCCUGAACGUCUGGGUGAUCCAGCUGUUCACCAGCGCCACCUUCCAGUGCUUCAUUAGCUUUUAUGCACAGGGAAUUGUUGCAAUGGAUGAGUUGACCACGCUAGUUGGAAGAGUAGAAGCCUUUGCAGAAUGACUUUUGCUUCCUCUAGCUGUCAUUAGGGAGUGCACACACACAUACCUGUAUAUACAUAUAUAUGUAUACAUAUAUAAAGUGUUUCAAUAUAAACUCAUUUAGCAUUAUUCUUAUUUAAUUUAUAUUUUAAUCCAGUUGUAAACCAAAGUAUUACAGCUUGUGAAAUGAUGUGUCUCGGAAAUAGGAGGAACCUUUUUAGAUGGGAGCUCUGAAAGAUCUUUGCUGACAAAAACAUGGAUACGAAUAAGACUUAAGAACUUGUGCUGCUGAAUCCUAGAGAUUUGCAGCCUUGGAAGGAUUUAAGACUUGCUGGGUAAAGUUUGGUGGUGGGGAGGCAGUGUGGGUUACCAUUUUAAAACACUGCUGGUUGUUUUUUUCUCAUCCAGUAUAACUUGGUAUUGGAGGAGUUGCUACAAAAGCAGUACCACGGGGCGUCUGAUGGAGAUGAGGCGUGUGGUUAAAGCUAAGAGGGCGAUGUCAGGUAGCGCCGUCUGCUUUUGGUGACUUCUGUUCACAGUUCUGCAUUGAGGUGUGCUGGGUUCAGCUCUGGGCAUCUCAGUACCACCUUGUCAAACGACCCCGCAGGGAGCUGGUCAGUUGAUGGUUUGAAUGAGUGCAUUAAAAGUGUGACUCGGCAGUGUUUCUGCUGCUGGACUUUUCCAGCAGAAUCACUUUGGAGUCUGCCACCCUGCUGUCCCUGCUGGUCACAAAACCUGGGGCUUCUGCCCUGCCUCUUGAAUUGGGAUGCUUUAAGGAAGCAUGAGGACUUGCCUACCAGAAUGCCUCAAGGAAAUCCCCUGCAAGGGAAAAUGAGGCAGGAAUUUAGGUGCGGGUUUGCGGAAUCUAAAGCGAAUCCAUAUGGUCCUCUGCCUGACCCCUUCCUUACAAAUGCAGGGUUUGGAUGAAUUUUUGUAAACGCAUGUAGAAAAGAUGGGACAGGCUGUUUCAGUGCUGGCACUGCUUCUGCCUGCAUCCCCUUUGGCUUGCUGUUUCUUGCUGUGGUAUCUAAUAAGGGUUGGAGCUGAGAAGCGUUUGUUGAGGUGGGAGUACAGCAGCCACCGAACCAGGUGCUCCUGGGCUUUGGUUCAUCUGUGCUGUCAGAGUGAUUAAAGCAACUCAUGAGAUGGGGUUCAGGGUCUUCUGAAGGCUUGGAAAUUGCAGUAUUUUUCAUGGUACUUAACAGUUUUGUAGGAAAACAAGUAUGUUCUGGCAAGCCUAGAAAUAAAAAAGGAGAAGACAGCAAAUCAGACUGUAGUCUGGCACAACUGGGAGCUAGAGAGAGGAAGCCACAAAAACAGCUGCUGAUGUAUUUAGUGUCUAAUUUAUGGUUUUAGAAAACCAGCCGUUGCUAUUUACUGAAGUCUAGAGGUGGUUGGCGUUUAUUUUAUUAACUUCUGUGGAGGUGCAUGUUCUGCUGUCACCAAUGGGAAGAAAAAAAUGGGUUCAAAGAUAAAACCUUGCUGAUUCUUCUGUGCUGGGGAGUAAUUGCCUUUCCAAGGAAUUUGCAAACACUAAGAACAAAUUCACCUCUAACAAUCUCCCACAGGGUUGACAGCGGCUCUGCUUCCUCUUGCUCUUCUGCUCAGCCCGCACACUAGAGUCUCUUUUUAAGCAGGGUGAUGGUCCACCUACCUUUGUGGAUCGAGUAAGUUCAUUUAAUACUCCCCAGCAGGAUUAGUGCAUACUUGCACUCUGCCAACCACAUGCAGUACAAUUUUUAGCUACUAGAUCUGGCAAAUAUAAAAAGAUUGUAAGACAAUCUAUUUCUAAUUGUAGUCACCAGGUACUGCAGGUUGAGUACAAGACCCCUUCUGUGCCGCAUGCUGUACCAGUGCAUAGGAACAUCAUCCAUCGCAUCAAAUUCCUUUUGAUUGAGGCAUCCUGUAAGCAACCUCAGUGCGAAGGUGCUUCUCAGGGCAGCUGUCAGGAGAAUCCCGUCAGGAGAUCCCGUCUGGCUGCUGUGUCAAAUAGCAGUUGCUCUGAUAAACCAGGCAAAAGAAAAAGGGAAAGAAGGCUCGGGAGAAGAGAGGUACCUUAGACCAAGCACUGGCUGCUAAUUGGGCAGAAAAGAGUUAUUUGAUUGAGACAGUGCUCUCUAUGUGGAAUUUCUGUCAUAUUUUUUGUUCAAAUAACUUUCAAUAACAUGUAUAUGGUUUUGGUUUGUUUUUUUUUUUAAAAGGUAGCCCUUUCCACUGAAAAUUUCCCAAGUUGAUUAUUAAGUAGCACUAGUGUCAGUAUGCUGCAUCCAGUGACUUCUCAGUGUUUAGUGGGUAGGUGACGAUAUGUAAGCCGGAGACUUUGGGUGAAGGGGUUGUGAAUCCAUGCUGCUGGCUGUCUUUCCCUAUAAUCAUUCUGAUGGCUUUGGGACAUGGACCAAACAUGCUGCUUUUUGUUUUAAACUUUUAAUUCUUUUCAUGGAAAUGUUGAAAAAUCUUAGCUCCCUCCCCAAUUAUUUUUAUGUUCCGUUUAGUUAAAUUCUCAUCUGGCAUCAGUUUGUGAUUUAAGAACAAUUUCUAUAACACCUGUGAGUAGGACUUUGUAGGACUUUGCAGAUCACAGGAGGUUUAAAACCUGUGGCUGUAGGAGGUGAUGUUUGUAACAUGGUUUUUAUGCUGCCAUUGAAGUUGGGAGGGAUGAGGAAGGGUCUUUGCAGAGAGCUGGUCUCUGUUGCAGCAUGGAUCGAGUCACUGGGCACCAGUGCCUGCUUGCUGGGGUCUGCCAGAUUAGAGGUGCAGGUUGGAUUUUCUUUGGGUAUUUUCCUUGUGGCUUCCCAUUGUGCAAGCGCUUCAGCUUCCUGCUUUGGUAGCAAACAGCAGACUCUGCUGCCUUCAGCAUCAGGAACACAAUCAGCACUGAAGUGGUGCAUCGGGAGCCUGCGGGGGAAUCUUGGGAGGGGAACUGUGUGCCUUCAGAACCAAAAAGUAGUUGGACUUGUCAAAGGCUUUUGCGAAUGAGGAGUUAAACCUGCUUUUGGCAGGGUGGUGGAGCAGGCCUGGGCGUUUUGGCUGUUAACAUGUAUUCAGAUCCUUGUUUUUGCAGGGUGAGAUGGGCCAUUUCAGAAACCUGGGCAAGGAAAAGUGGUAGCAUUUGAACCCCGUGUUCUCAUUCCAGGUCUCCACCGAGAACCGCACCAGGUAUGUCAAUGCCAUCAAUGGGACGGAGGGAGAGUUGUACAGCAUCAUGUUAGGUGGCUGGGGGUGUGUGUGUUACAUCAGGGGGUGCCAGGUGCCCUGUGCCAGAGAUAACCCAGGUAAAUGGGCAUCUGUUGAGACUAGUAGGAUGGUGCAGUGUUCCCAAAAAGUGGUCUUAGCUGUGCCCAUCAAGCUUGCAGGGUAGCAUACUCUGCUAUCAGCACAAUUACCUAUUUAGUGUGUCAUGCGUGUUUGUCUUUAUACAUUGACUGGCAAACUCAGAGCUUUCUGAUGAGCCGGUGAGUAGUGUAAGAGGGCAUUCCCCACAGGAAGGGAGGGAGAGUAAUGUGGGAUUUGUGCCCCAGACAGAGCCCAGGCCUUUUAGUCCUAGGGACAGAGAGCUCCAGACCUGUUGCUUAUCACCAAGGGAGGUGACUCAGGUAGGUGGUCUUCUUCUUUGCUAGAGGGAAUCUGUCACAUCUGCUGGAAAAAAACUGCAUGUGGGGGUCUGCGGUAAUUCUUGCUGGGAAAUCAGUUACAAUACUGGUUAUAUUCCAGCAGCAGAAUAAUUAACAAAAAGAAUUAUUCUGUAAAAAAAAAAAAAAAGCGUUAAUUCUAAUCUGGUGACAGUGACCUGCUUACAUGAUCUAGCAUGUGAUUCACAUCACACCUCUUACAAAGCUGAUUUUAUUUCCCCAGUAUCUCCCUACAACCACAGACUCGUUGCAGUCUGUAAAGGGGAAGAGGCCCUUUCCCUGUGUGCUGCUGAGCGCUGUAAAGGAUUCAGCCCACAAAGCUAUUGAAAACAGCAGCACUUCCACCAUGCAGAUAGUUUGCCCACAUUAGCCAGAGUUUCUUUAGCUAGCUAGCAACACGCCAUCUGGUUCUUCCGAGCCUGAGCUAGUUGCUGUAGCAGGGAAGGGAUCUGCAAAGUGCAAACAGAAAUAGCGAGGAAAGGAGGUUGGCUUAACAGGGAGGAGGGAGACAUCCAAAAUAUGAAGAGGGCUAGUCUGUUUUCAGCACUGGCUGGGGCUGUUGGCACUGGAAACCAACAGGAGGUAUUGGGUAGAACAGGUGAAACGACAGCAAAGCAUCGUUAGGAAGAAGCGUGCAUGUGUGUCUAGCACAUUGUAGAUGCUAUGGGCAGGGAAAUGCCAGUUUUAGAACCUGCAUGUCUUAGGAGCAUGCAGGAAACCCUGCUGUCUUGGGAGGCAGGUGUGCAAAGACGCCUAUACCCUGUCCUGUAACAUUAGAGCUGAGCAUCACCAGUGUUUUCCAUCCUAGAGCUGUGAACAGUAACAGGAAAAUGAGUCAGUCCAUGGCAGAGGCAAAUUUGCUGCGUGGAUUUCAGAAAAGCCCUUGGAAGGAACUGAAGGGGGGCAAGCGAAGGCUGGAAAUGGGUAGUACCAGACAGAUUUCAAAGUGCCAUUUUCUGAAUGUUAGGUUUUCUAGCGUGUAUUUAAGGUGUUGAAGACUGAAGUUUGCUUUUGUUUCAGUACUCUCUCCUUUACCUAUGUCAUUUCUUCUAUUUGCAACUCAGCAGCCAAGGGGAGGGUGCAGAGAAGACGGAGCCAAACCCUUCUCAGAGGCACACAGUGGAAGGAGCAGCAGCGGUAGGCAGAAGUUUAUACAAGAGAAAUUCAGGUUAGGUAUUACAAGACAUUUUUUCACUGCGAGUAUAGCCAAACAGUAUUCAAAGAGGUUGUCUAGAGAGACACUAAAAUCUCCAUCCUGAGAGAUACGCCAAACUUGUCCAGGCAAGACCCUGAGCAACCUGCUGGAAGUUAGCCCUGCUUUGAGGGGGGAGGCAGGGCUGGGACCCAAAGGCCCACCCUUCCCACCCUCCCUGUCGCUCCCCUGGAGUAUAAAAUACUGCCCCACCACAUGCUGCACUGCAUAAUACAAAACAAGGGAUAGAGAGUUUUAUCCUACCGGUGUGUUUCCAGUUACGAUUUUUUUCAUUUAUCAAUGAAUCAUCCAUGAAAUAGCAUCUUGUCUGCCACGGUCUAUGGAGAAGUCCAGCUGCUCCCCAUGCGUGAGCGCAACCUCCAGGUUCCUGUUUCCAUUAGACUAUGCCAAGCUGUAUUUUUGUUACCUUUAUUUUAGUAUUAUCAUGUAAAAAUGGGCAGCUUUAAUGAGCUUCCUAGUUCAUAUCAGUUAAGCUUUUGAAAUGUAUUCAGGUAUCUUUUAAAUACUGCUGUGUAAGUUCCUUUUUUAAUCUGACAUUCUGAUUUAUUAUUUUACUGCAGCUAUCUACAGCAGUACUUAAAAAAAAAAAAUCAGUGCAUUGAUUUUUUGCAAACUGUCAGCUAUGUUAAGCCUCCAGUUUUACUUGGGUUUUAUCAAUGUACUUAAUCUCUUCCCUCUCAGAUCUACAGUUAAAUGUCUUCAUUAUUUUUUAUAUUGCAGUGAAGCUUAUUUAUUUAAUCCUUCCCGUUGUCUUUGCAGUUAGACCCAAUACCAUUGGCUAUGAAGCUGUGAAACUAAUUAGAAAUGAAAAAUGAAGCUAGAUUGGUUAGUUUUACUGCUGGUUGUAAAAUACAGAAAGUAGCAGCAUAAAAGGAGAAUACCAUUGAAAUUACUCAGUCUGGAGCGAAGGGGAGGAAUCACAAAACUAUGGCUGAGAAACUUCUUGGAAAUGAGUUUUAAUCUGAUGAUGUUACUUCACUGGUUCCCCAUUUGGUCAAGUUUAAAAGCUGUUUCUUGAGACCGAGAGGUUUGUCUGGGGUCCGUUCGUUCAUCUAUGUGGCUAGGGCAUUGGUUUGAUAGAGGAGUUUGUGCUCCUGUGAUGUUAUUUUCUUAGAGUUUACACAUCUAAGGAAACUCUAUGGAUUACUGUGAAGCUUUUAUUUAAUAUUUCAUUGCAUGUCAAUUGGUGACUGAACAGAACUCUUGGCUUAAAGAGGCGAGGGCCGGUGGGGAGGAGGAAGGUGUUAUUCUGUCAUGGAGGCUGGCAGCUGUGGGUUACACUAACAAAAGACAGACAGCGCAAUUCGCCUGAUGACAGCUUUGAUUUUGGCAAGAGGUGUGAAGCCUCGUCACCCCUGCAGCUGUCCCCUGCCCACGGGGUGCUUUCAGUAGGCUGCACCCGUGCCAGAGUCAAGGUGAAUUAGUCCUAAGUUUGCUCCAUAAAAACACAGGGAUGUUUGUUCGCACAGGCCGUCAUCGCUGCGUGUGUUUACAGGCUGAGGGCAAACUGGAUCUCUGAUGGAGAUGCAGGGAAUGAUAUUGUAGGUGGUGCGCAGGUACUUCUCUCACAUGUUAGAGGGUUUCCUAAGCCAGGGUUAUGCUGUUGGGGGAAGCAGCCCAUCGGGAUUGCGGGUGAAUUUGGGAUGAAGAGCAGAAUUUUGUCAUACCCUUUGCUUAAAACUAAUUCCUUUUGGCUCCUCUGAAGUGCUUGCCUGGGCAGAAAGCUGAUGUGUGACAGCUUCCAGGGCUAUGUUGUCACAGGGCAAAGUGACUGGGAAAAGUAUUUUGAAGUGAAAGCGGAGUGUUGUCAUUCAAAUAAUGCAUGUUUCUUUUGUGUUUGUGUAUGUAAAAUUGCUGACAGUUAGGACAGGCCAAGGAGUGCAAGAGUGAUCCUUCUUGGUGGCAAAACAGGGACUUUUCUGAAUAAGCUCUUUUAAAAGCUGAGUUAUGAAGAGAAUAAUACGCAGCCAUAUGUUCUUGCGGUAACAUAUUCCUCACCUUGUGCCCCAUGCUUACAGGGAGGGUUAGCAAAGGACGAGAGAAGACUGUAUCAGAGGUCAGUUCACAGAAAUGAAAGCAAGCUAUUCAAAGUACUGCUUUUGUUUGAAAAGGGAAGGGAACGGAGGCGGUUUUCCCCUAAGCGUCUGCUACCUUAAACACUAGCUGAAGCUCCCAUGAGCUAUGUCCCCUCCUUUCCCCAGCAUCACCCCCAUCUUUCCUGUAAAACACUGUGAAUAUGACACCAGUAGCUCUUUUUAACAUUUCCAUUAAAACUGCUCAGAGCAUGUAAUGCUGUCCUACGCUGUCAUGCAGUGACGCUGUAGCAGACAAGAUGUGACCGAGUACCCUGUUCAGCUGAACAAUAACCCCCAAACAGGGACACUGAUGAUUGAGCACUUCCUUGCAGAGCAGUGGAAGAGUAUUGUAACAAGAGCUUAACAAUGUAAGUGGCUUUAUAUAGCAAUUUGCUAAUCAAAUUUGAUUUCAUAAUGAACUAAACUGACAAUCAAUUUCUAAAAUAUAAAAGCUUCUUAGAGGGAAUAGUCAAGUAUGUCUUCAACAGAAAGAUUUAACUGGGAUAACUUUUAAUAGAGAGCACAGGAUUUUUUCCUUUUUUUUUUUCCUUUUUUUUUUUUUUUUUUUUGAGCAAUCACUCCAGAAAUUGAGUUGCGUUAAGCAGCAGAAGAUUCACAGGACAGUAACUACCUCUCUCUCUCGGAGUGCUGAGGUUACCACGCUACACACUCUAUCAGCAAAGCUUUCACUUAAACCAGAUUUGUUUUCCUUACCUCUGUUUCAGAAACGCAGGUCUGCUCUGUAAAGUGACUCUUAUGAAAAUGGCAUCUGGCAGGAACAGGGGGAAGCCUUUUGGGGUCCAUCGUCCCUCUUUGCCGCCAGUUUCUUGCUGUGACCCUUGCAGGUUCGCUCUGGGGCUGCGACAGUUCGGGGUGGAUUUGUUACUUCACGUAUUCUGUGUAAUAGCGAACUGUCCCACGGGCCCGAGACUGCGGGCUCAGCUUCCUGCACUGGGAAAUUAGUUAAUGGUGUGGAAGGUAAGAGGAGAAUACAUCUCCCUCCUGCCUCCAAGGGAGCAGGCAGCAGUAAAAAAAAAAAAAAAAAAAAAAAAAAAAAAAAGCAAUAAAAUAAAAUACAAAACGCUUUUAUAUGUUGUUCAUUAGUCAGCAGAUCUGACUCUGCAAAUUUAUAUAUAUAUACAAAAACAGAGAGCAGAUCUCUCAUGUCAAAAGGUGCCAUUUUUUUUCUAAACAGAGUCCCUUUCCAAACUAGAACAGCACUUUAAAUAGGUUCCUUUUAAAAAAAAAAAAAAAAAAAAAAAAAAAAAAAAAAAAAAAAGAAAAAAAAAAAAGAAAAAAAAAAAGAAAAACCCUUUGCUGAAGAAAUGCACUUUAAAUCCUAACAUGAGUAUGGCUGUUGCUGGCUUUUGACACAGCUGUACAGGUAGGUGGCUUCUUGUCAGCCAGAGCCCAGGAGGGAGCGACGUUGCCAGACCCUGGGCUGCCAUCGGCAGCCCAAAAACUACCGCAGCUCUACCUCCCGCUCCCGCAGCCCUCCUGGCCUGGCACUGCCCCUGCCCACACUACAGACAGGAGUUUCCACCGCAACCGCAAACCUGGUUGCAGCUCAGCCGUGCUGUAGCACUAACAGGACUGGCAUGCAUCAGCCUGUUAGAAUACUUUUGUAAUCGGUCAAUGAAAACCCACCUUUGCCUGUAAAGAAUAUUUAAACCCCGUUCAUAAUAGGUCAGAAGUUACACCCAGUUACAACACAGCAGAUGGCCCAUCGACCUGCACAGGGCUGAGCUAACUUGAACGAGCAAAGCCACAACAAAGUUGUUGCUGGGGUUGUGGGUUUUCUUCCGUAACAUGGAUAUGGAGCCCUAGUCAGUUCAGCUUUUUUUUUUUUUUUUUUUUUUUUUUAAAUCCAAGUUUGCCUGUCCCACAUUGGUUCUGCUCUGAGCUGGUUUGCAGAGUAACCAUUUGUAAGAAAAAUUGUGCUGUCACCUUCAACUGUUGACCUAUAAAUCAGACUUUUUAGGACAGGUGUCCUAACACUCAAAACUUACUUUCACAGUUAAGAAAUUUCCUGCUGUACUAAUUAUUCUCUCUCUUUUUUUUUUUUUUAAAUUAAUUUUAUUUUUGGUUGCAAUCCUUAUUUCAAGAAGAAAAAAAAAGGUCAGUGUUCACACUAGUCUGCAGUAGGUUGAAGAGUGAUCCUGCUGCAUGUAACUUGUGGAUAUCAGACUGUUCUUAAAUGAUUUUACAAGUUGGUCCUCCACCAUCGCUUUCCUUUUCCUCUUCCAGUGGGAGCUGGCAGAUAGAAACUCUUUGGAGGGGCCACUGGCUCUGUGCCCAACCGCUUACAGAGAGGGCCAGUGCUGCUGGAGGGGGGACAGGCAAAGGUGGUAAGAAAACCAGAGUUGGGGAAGGGGGAAAUCAAACCAAGGUAGAGGGGACUGUACAAUUGCAUUGAAAGCAGUUUAGCAAAAAGCGCUCUCAUUGGACAGCUUUAAGAACAAUGUGAAUGAAAACUUAGCAACUUGGGUAGGAAUCUUUGAAAAUUCUAUAAGUGUAUACUUGAAAUACUGUUUGUAUUAAAAAAAAAACAACACAAAUUGCAUUUUCUUCUUUCUUUUAACACUGUGUAAAAGAACAUUAUGCAUGUGAAUGGUUUGAGAAUUAAAUGGUUUAAUACUCA